AUGUUAGCCCACCUGAGAAGGGCCCGGUUCAUCGACCAUAUGGUUGUGCCGAUUAUGGCGUUUUCCUUUAUGGGGCCUCAGCAUGCUCGCAUCAUCGAAGCCUACAUGGAAGGCCAUACGGUCGUAGUGCGACCGACCAAACUGUACGAUCUGCGCAAUAAAGAUGCGGUGGCCUUCAAAAAGUUUACCCGGUGGUAUUUUGGAAAACCGCGCGCCCCAACCGAGUCUUCCCAGUAG